AUGGCGAAUCCAAAUCCAUACGUCAGCCUCGAUGACUUCAAAAUUAGUCGUCGCCAAUACAAUCCCAAGACAAAACGCUCUGAACCGAUUCCUAUACCCCCCGAAUGGGAGAGGAAAGUGAAAGCUCCACCUGAAGCGCCACCUGGGGCAGAGAAUGAAUGGCCCCCUAGGGAUGUGUGGUUGAGUCAGUUCGAGAGUGAUGACCAAAAUAGGGUAACAUGGAUUCCGCCCCAGUGGCGGAAGGGGAUAUACUAUCCCGGGAGAGAUUGUACCCAACCAGACGACCCAGACUGGGAGAAGAAGCACCGAGACGAAGUCGAAAAACAACAGGAAAGGCUCGAUUUCCUUGAGUACGGAGACUUCAUGGAGGAGCUAGAUGUCAGACCACAGCAUGAGGACACUAUACGGAGAAUUUUAACAGCUGUCUGCAUGUGGAAGGACAAGCGCUUGAAGACCCACCCUCCACAUGAUGCUAUUACUGUGAUGAUGAAAAAUACUAUUAAGGAGUUUGUGAUGAAGUUGACUCUGUUGCAGUUGGCAAUGCGGAAUCAGCCAAAAAACGAAAAAGCUGACAGCAAGAACUGGAUGGCCUUUAAUGAAAGGUUUAAGCAUAUCAUGCACGAUUGGUGGGGAAUAAAGACUAAGUCGUUCGGGAAAACACCAGAGGAGUCUCGGGAGGAAAGAAGCAGAGAAUACCAGGAACAAUUAGCAGAAGAGUACAGAAGGUUUAAAGAGAGUCAGCAGUGA